GCCAAUAAUGCUGUGGACUCCGCGCUUCCUGUUUGGGCCUUGCCCCCAGACCUGGUGGGCUUGGAGCUCAGCAUGACUCUGCCUUUCAUUAAGAAAGGUGAAUAGAAGAGGAGGAGGCAGCAAUGACUUCUGUGUUUCUGAAGGCCAAGUGCCAGAAACAACUGACGUUCCAGGAUGUGGCUGUCGACUUUACCCAGGAGGAGUGGGAGCACCUGGACCCAGCUCAGAGGGCCCUGUACAGGGAUGUGAUGCUGGAGAACUAUAGGAACCUGGUCUUACUUGGGCUCCUUGUUUUUCAACCAGAUGUGAUCCACCAGUUGGAGAACGGUGAAGUACUAUGGAUACCAGAGGGAGAGGUCUCAAGAAGCCCUUGUUCAGAUUCUCUCAUUCAAGAGAUGUGGCAUGAAACGGAGUCAGUUCCAAUACAGGGCAUUUCUAUGGGAGAACCAUCCAAGGAAGGAUUUGCAAAGGAUAAUCCUAGGGAUUGCAAAUUGACAGGAUACUGGGAAUAUGAUAUCAGGUUACAAAGGCAGAAGGAAAACAAGGCAAAAAAAUCCAGAAAAAUGACCAUCAGUCACGGUGGUAAUAGACUUGAGAGAAAUUCCAGUCUCAGUUUAAACCUUCCACAACAGAGAAUUUCUAAAGGAAAAAGCAUUUCUAAACAUGGUGUCCAUGGGAAGAACUCAAAGAAGUUUUCCAAUCUCCUUAAGUGUUAUAAGACCUCCUCAAAUAAAAACUAUUGUAGAUAUAAUACAUGCAGGAAGUCCUUCAGUUACCAUUCAGACCUUGGUCAGUAUCAUCGACCAGUCUUUGGAGAAAAACUACAUGGGAAAUUCUUCCAGAAAACCUCACUUUGGAAGCAUGACAAUAUCCUUUCUCAAGAGAAAUCUUUUGUAUGCAGUGAUUGUGGGAAGGCCUUCAUAGAGAAAGAAAGGCUUACAGAACAUAAGAAAAUUCACACAGGAGAGAAAAACUUUGAAUGUAAUGAGUGUGGGAAGACCUUCUGUUACCCAUCAAAACUUACCCUACACAAGAGGAUUCAUACUGGAGAGAAACCUUUUAAGUGUAAUGAAUGUGGGAAAUCCUUCAUAGACAAAGGAAGACUUAAUGCACAUAAAAAAAUUCACACAAGAGAGAAACCCUUUGAAUGUAAUGAGUGUGGGAAGGCUUUCUGUUACCGAUCAAGUCUUAUCGGACACAAGAGAAUUCACACUGGAGAGAAACCCUUUGAAUGUAAUGAGUGUAGAAAGGCCUUCUGCUACCCAUCAAGUCUUACUCUCCACAAGAGAAUUCACACUAGAGAGAAACUCUUUGAAUGUAAUGAGUGUGGGAAAGCUUUCUGUUAUCCAUCAAAGCUUAUUUUCCAUAAGAGAAUUCAUACUGGAGAGAAACCCUUUGAAUGUAAUGAAUGUGGGAAAGCCUUUAUAGAUAAAGGAAGACUUACUAAACAUAAAAAAAUUCACAUAGGAGAAAAACCCUUUGAAUGUAAUGAGUGUGGGAAGGCUUUCUCCUACCCAUCAAAACUUACUCUCCAUAUGAGAAUUCACACUGGAGAGAAACCCUUUGAAUGCAAUGAGUGUGGGAAGGCCUUCAAUUGCAAAGCAAGUCUUACUAAACAUAAGUUAAUUCAUACUGGAGAGAAGCCCUUUGAAUGUAAUGAGUGUGGGAGAAACUUCAGGCAAAGCUCAGCACUUAGGAAGCAUCAGAAACUUCAUACUGGAGUUACUCUACAUAAGAUGUUUCAUCCUGGAGAGAAGCCCUUUCAGUGUAAUGCGUGUGAGAAGGCCUUCAAACACAAAGCAAAUCUUAUUGAACACAAGUUAGUUCACACUGGAGAGAAACCCUUUGAAUGUAAUGAAUGUGGAAGAGGCUUUCGGAGACGUUCAUUACUUAGGAGGCAUCAGAGACUUCAUACUAAAGAAACUAUAUUACAUUAGUGAGUGUAGGAAAGCAAUGGCAACUUCACACAUCAGGGAAACCCUUUGAAUGUAAUGACUCUGGGAAGGCCUGUAGCACCAGUUACUUCCCUGCAAUGAAUUUGCAAUGGAGAGUAACCUCUUCAAUGCAAUAAAUGUGGGAAAGCUAUCUGCAGUGCUAAUUUCUGGCCACCUAUUGCCAUGCUGCUGCCCCCACUCCACCCUCCGCUUUGGUCUGUUCCUCCAGCCUGUGCUCCUGAUUUGUGAGAAUUCACCUCAUCCAGCUCCACUUAGAUCCAGCACCACACUGUUCUCUGGGCAUCUUCUGCCAAGCCUUUGACUCUUCUCUUCCCUUUUCCUUUCCAUCUCUAAGUCUGAAUAUUCAUUAGUUGCACACAACUGUUCCUGAAAAGGACAAGCGACUUCCUAGAUCACAACACCCCUCCCUGGUUGUUGUUCCCCUGUAUAUGUUGUCUUUCACGAGAAUGUAAGCUCCUGGAGGGCAGGCUGUCUUGCUUUUUGCACCUGUAUCGCUAGCACUUAGCAUAGAACAUGACACAUUGGAAACACCUUAGAAGCACAUGGUCAUUCACUCCUUCCUUUAGGAGUCACAGAAAACAUCAUACCAACAGAAACAGCACCAAGGGAAUGAAUUAUAGGAGAGGCUUUAGCCACAAUCCAUCCUUUAGGAAUCAGGAAAAAACAAACUAGUGAGGAACAGUGUCAAUAAAUGAAUGUGGGAAAACUUUUUAGCAACAACUUAUGCCUUCUGAGCCAUUAGAGGACUGAUGUUGGAGAAAUCAUAUGAACAUAAUAAAUUUGGCAUGGCUUUGAGUAAUCUUUCCUUAAGGGGGCCAUCAAGGGAUAUUACAAAAUGGGAAUUGAAAGGAACCUGAGGGGCCCUCUUAUCCAAUCUAUGCCUGAAUAGGAAUCCUACUAUAAAUACAUGAAAUGUGCCUGAAAACCUGUAGUGAGGUAACUUAUUCACCAGGAGCUUAUUUUGGCAUGUGGUGUAAGGGAUUGGUCAAAAACUAAUUUUUGCCAAACUACUUUCUGGUAGAAGGCCACAUUUUUUUUAAUGGAAGGAGAGGUUCCUUUCUGAUUUAUGGUUUAGGGGUAAAGUCAUAAUAAAAUACGGGCCAGGGGGGCAACUAGGUGGUACAGUGGAU